AAAUCACUCACCUCUCAAACAUCAUCCAAGUAAAACAUUUGGAAGCUAAUCAGCGUCUACAGAGAAACAAAUAAAAUGGAUCUUCGCUCGUGUUUGAUCGUUUUGGGCUGUGUUGUUGUCCUUCAAGCGUCUGCUGUCGUCCCAAAAGCUGGUGAAGAACAAACAAGGGACAAGCGCGGAUUUGCCAGUGGUGGCGGUGGAUAUGGCGGAGGUGGCAGCUCUGGAUACGGCGGAGGAGCCGGCGGUGGAGCUGCUGGAUAUGGAGUAGGUUACGGUGGUGCCGCAGCUAUUGCACAGGAAGCUGCCAAUGCAGCCAAGGCAGCACAGAACGCACAGGCCGGAGCUGCAGCUCAGGCAGCUCAGCAGGCUAAGGCAACUCUUGCUGCCCAAGCUGUCCAGGCAGCCCAGCAGGCCCAGGCUGUUGUAGCAGCCAAACAGGCACAAGCCGCCCAAAUCUCCCAAGCCGCUCAAGCUGCGCAGGCCGCAGCUUUUGCUGAAUCGGCUCAAGCCGCCCAAGCAGCUCAAGCAGUUCAGGCAGCCGAAGCCACCAAAGUUCAAGCUCUGCAACAAGCCCAAGCUCUCGCUGCUGCCGCUAAGGCUGCACAGUCUCAUGCUGCGCAAGCAGUCGCCGCUCUCCAAGCCUCUCAAGCCCAACAAGCGUCACAAGCACAGAUGGCCUAUCAGGCUCAGGCAAACGCCCAAGCAUUGGCCUAUAAACAACAAGCUGCAUUGGCUGAUCUUGCAGCUGCCCAACAAGCCGCCAACAAGGCUUACUCCGCCGCCCAAGCCGCACAGGCGACUGCAGUUGGUGGUGGUGGAUCCUAUGGUGGAUUUGGCAGCGGUUACGGUGGAAGCUCUGGAGGCUGCCCGGCUUGUUAAGCUGAACCCUCACGUACUCCCGAAAUAUUGGCUGUAUUUUUGCAAUUUACGUCACCUAUCGUUUAAGUGCACUGUGGAAGAUUGUUUAGUACCAGAUUAUUCACCAUUUAUUGAUGGUUGCAACUGUAUCACUGUUACGAAAAAAAUAAUAAAUUUAAAGAGAAUAAAAUUUCACUAUGCAAAA